AUGUCUCAUGAUAAUAACAAAACUUUGGAUAUAUGUCAGAGUGAAAUUCAAAAUAAUAUGAAAGAUAUUAAAAAUGAAAUUGAUCAUAUAAUGACGAAACAUAUAGGAACGGAUUAUUUGUACAAACAUGAAGUUGUGUGGAAAAAUAAUUCCGUUUAUAUUUGGUGUCGCGACCAUCGCCUCCACCAUCGUUACUCAGACACAGACGCCGACCCUCACAAUUCCAAAAGAGGAUUCUUCUUUAGCCACAUAGGUUGGUUAAUGUGCAGAAAGCAUCCAUAUGUAAAGGCUCUUGGAAAACGUAUCGAUAUGAGUGACUUGGAAUCUGACUGGAUGGUCAUGUUUCAAAAAAAGAAAUUGCAACCUGUGGAAUCUUGGUUCGUGUCAUUCAUAUCUUUGGGUGAAGGCUGGCACAAUUAUCACCAUACAUUUCCUUGGGACUACAAUGCAGCAGAAAUGUCGAUGCAUUUUAAUAUAUCGGGAUCCAUUAUUAGAUUAUUUGAAAAACUCGGCUUAGCUUAUGACUUGAAGAGCGCUGCUUCAGAAAUGGUUGUAAGACAUAUUCUGAAAUCUGGCGAUGGAACUCACUACCGUCUAGGCAACGACGAGGCCAAGAAAGCUGUCACUGCUAUAGGAAUAUUACAUCCAUUGAAUCCAUCCUACAACGUGACUUAUAAAUCACCUAAUAUUGUACUAGGAGAAAAAAGCAAUCCUUUGGACCAUGAAAAUGAUGUCAUUCAAAUUAAUUUGCUCAAAAGAAAUUAUCCCACAGCU